AUGGGGGAGUCGCAGGGUCGUAAACGGGUAGCCCAUCUUCACUUCUCUCAGGCCCAUGCCCCAACUGUCCUUGCUCGAGCUACCCCAGCAGCCCUUGCGCCUCCAGCUACUGCUGCCCCUGCUCGAGCUGAUCGCGCUGCUGCUCCAGCUGCUGCAACUCCUGCUGCUGCUAUUUCUCCAAUUGCUCCUCCAGCUACUGUUGCUACUUCUGUUGUUGCUGCCACUCUUGCUGAUGCUACUGCUGCUGCUUCUCCUAGUGCUCCUCUAGCUGCUGCUGCUGCUACUGUUGCUGCUCCAACAGCUCCUGCUGCCGCCAUUGCUCCUGUAGCUCCUGCUUCUCCUCUUCCUCUUCUUCCUUCUUCCUUUGCUCCUCCUCGACGGCGCGGAGCCUGGUGGGCCACAACAUCUGCCCCUUGA